AUGCCGAAAGCAGAUAGCCCGACAGGCUUCAAGCCACUCAAAGAGACUGCGCUUUUCUCGCCUUUCAAACUCGGCCCUCUGGAUCUUGAGCACAGAGUAGUGCAGGCGCCAUUGACACGCAUGCGAGCAACCAAAGAGGAAGAUGGAGUGUUCGUACCGAAAGAGCUACACGUCGAGUAUUACAGCCAACGCGCAAGCAAGGGCGGAUUGCAAUUGACAGAGGCCACUGACAUUGCCAAAUACGCCAGCGGGUACCCAGGCGUACCGGGUGUGUUCUCAGACUCCCAAGUCGCCGGUUGGAAGAAGGUCACGGAUGCUGUCCACGCAAAAGGCGGGUACAUCUUCUGCCAGCUGUGGCAUACUGGACGUGCUAGUCCACCGUCCUUCCGGGACGGAGCGCCAACGGUCAGCUCGAGCGACGUGCCUAUGGAGGGUAGUUGGCUUGACGGUGUCGUGUGCGCCGAUCAUCCACCUAAGCCAUUGACGGUUGAAGAAAUUGAAGGAUUGACAAAGACCUGGGCGGAAGCCGCGAAGAAGGCGGUUGGGGCCGGUUUCGAUGGUAUCGAGAUUCACGGCGCGAAUGGAUACUUGCUCGAUCAGUUCCUACACGACAAUGUUAACAAGAGAACGGACCAGUAUGGCGGAUCAAUUGAAGGUCGCAGUCGCUUUCCGCUUGAAGUCAUCCAAGCUUGCUCCAAAGCCAUCGGUGCUGACAGAGUUGGCAUCCGUCUCAGCCCAUACAACUAUUUCCAGAACACCAAGGAUAGCAACCCCAACGUUCACUGGGAGUAUCUAUGCGAGAAGAUUGCGUCGCUUCCGCAGGACGAGAGGCCUGCAUACGUACACAUGGUCGAACCGCGUUUCGAUGAAGUCCUCGACGAGCAAGCCAAGAUGGACGCUUUGGCCGCUUACACCACACAAGGAGGCAAGGGCGUGGAGGCGGAGGCGACGGUCAAGGUCAAGGGCAACACGCUCGUCAACUUCCGAAGCAUCUUAAAGAAGGGUGGCGUGAAGUUCAUUGCGGCUGGUGGAUUCAAUAGAGACAAUGCCGCGCCGAAAGUAGAGUCCGGAGAUGCUGACCUUGUCAUAUUCGGUCGGUGGUUCAUAGCGAAUCCGGAUCUGCCCAAGCGCCUCGCUGAGGGCCUGGAGCUGAAUCAGUAUGAUCGCGACACCUUCUAUGGCGCUGAUCCGCCACAAAAGGGGUACACAGAUUAUCCUUUCCAUGUACAGACGGUGGCUGCUUAA